UUUAUUGAAUUAAACCACUACUCACUAGGCGGUGAAAUUGAGUUACGAGUACCGCCCUGGUAUUACGCAAUGUUUCUGGACAAAUUAACUUAUUAAGUUUUUUAGUUUUUAAAAUAGGGUCAUAUAUAAAUAAUACAUCCUUUUUCUACUAGAAUAAGAAAUAAUGUUGGGGGAAUCCAACGAGUUUACAGAAAUAUUAAAAACCGGCUUCCCGAUGUACUUGUUAAUUGCUCUACCGUUAUUGUUAAUUAUGAGCCCUGUGUGUCCGGCAAACGCAGCUCACGAAUUCACAGUUAACCGUGCACAACAGUAUAGUUUACAGGGCGCAUCAUAUGGCUCUAAGAGCAGUAUUAUUAACUUAGAAGCUAGGUCUUUGAAGACCUGGAGUAACCGUUCGAGACAUUGUGUGUUCGUGUUGAUGGACAAUUUUACGUCGGAAGAAUAUGGACAGAUAACUGCUGGAACAGGCGCGUUGGUACUUGUUUUACCACCAGCGCCUUAUACCCAAGAGCAGCAGGAUAAAAUAUUGGAGAUAGAACAAACAGUUUUAACUUCUGAUACUGGUAUUCCUGUAUACAUCUUAACCUGGUCUAACAAAGUUGAGAGUUUGAUGAAAAAUAUAGCAGAUAGUAAGAUCAUUGACACUACAUCUGGUUCAAUUGCUAGAGCAUUUAUCGAUUCUGUGACUGCAAAUGCGUUCCAAAUAGUUGUGACGGCAAACAAACCGAUAUUGCAGGAAAAUGUUGCUAUAUCAACAAUUCAGGGUCAAUUGAUCGGAUUUGGUUUUCGAGAAAAAUUACCCAGUAUUUUGAUUGUCGCUCAUUACGACAGUUUUGGAUUGGCACCGGAGCUGUCUUACGGUGCCGAUAGUAAUGGUUCUGGAGCUGCUAUCCUGCUGUUGUUGGCUAAGGUGUUAAGUAAAGUGUACGCGGAAAAAUAUCGUCCUAAAUAUAAUAUUAUGUUCAUAUUAAGCGGCGGUGGUAAGCUUAAUUAUUUAGGCUCUAAAAAUUGGAUUGAACAACAAUUUGAAAAAUCAAACACAUUACAAGACGUAUCCUUUGUUUUGUGUUUGGACUCUUUGGGUAGUGAUAAAACCAUUCAUGCUCACGUAUCGAAACCGCCAAAAGAUGAUACCAAAACGGGCAGUUUUAUCAAUGAGCUCAACAAGAAUUUAGGAGAAAAUAGACUGAAAAUUGUUCAUAAAAAGAUUAAUCUAGGUAGUGAUACGCUCGCGUGGGAGCAUGAAAGAUACAGUAUUCGAAGAUUACCAGCUUUCACUCUGUCUAGUUUAAAAACUCACAAGAACAAUGCAAGACGUUCCAUUUUAGACACUAGUUCUACCAUUGAUCCUAAAAUCGUUUAUCGCAAUGCUCAAGUUAUUGCUAAAGCUUUGGUAUCUCAUAUUUACGAUAAUAAUACCAUUGACGCACCUAAGGUUACCAUAGAUUAUGAAACUCUAAGAUCUACAUUAGAUUUAUUAACUUUGCAACCGAGGUCAACACAGCUAAUAGCUCAAAAAACCAAUCCCCUGGUGGAUGAUUUAUUAACGAUAAUGAGCAAAUAUUUAAAAGAUGUAAACGUCUCGCAUCUAACCGCAGAUAAAGUUGAUCCGCAGUUUUCAUUUCACACGGUUACCAAAGCGACUUUACAUGUCUAUAGGGUGAAACCGGCAUUGUUUGAUCUCAUAUAUACUAUAGCGAUUCUCCUAUACUUGACUCUAGUCUACUAUUUCAUUCAAUUUGUGCCAAUAGUAUAUGGAUGGUAUGCCGGUACUGUCAAAAUGGAACCAGUUGUCGUUGCACCAAAGAAAAAUGUACGGAAGGAGAAAUAUAAAUAGUUAAAUAAAAACUUUUCGGUGAUUUAUUAGUGUUAUUUUAAUGUUUUUCAUUGCUCAAAAUUAUUAGUUUCUUUUUUUAUGGAUGUUCAUUUUUUAGUGGUUUUAACUGAAAACUGAUUUGUAGCUCUAAUUUAUUUAUUUCUUUACUAAUGAUUUUUUUUGUACUUCAUCCCUGUCAUCGUUCCCAGUUCUGCUAAAUAGUUUUACAUACAAAUUAUAUUUAUCGUAUUAUGUCCUUUACGAUAAACCUUAGCAUUUGAUUAUUUUUUUUGUUCAACAAUUUUAUAGAUAAUGUUGUAUAAACUUUUGUAUAUUAAAUCAUAGAAAUUAAUUACAGCUGUAAAACUUCAUAACAAUUAUUGUAACAUCGUAUUAUGAUUGAUGAUUUUUUUCUUUCUAUUUUUGUGUUCAUUUUUUGAUCUUAAAGUUAAAACAAUAAUAGUUUCAAUUGUAGGAUUGUAAUAUUAUGUAGGUUCAGGCUUGAAUUAUUCGAUGUAUGUUGUCAGUUAUAAAAAAUAGUCAUUCUACAAUAAAGGAAUAAUUUGGUGUUGGAAUGAUAAA